CGUCCGUGCCGUUAUGGAGACCGCCGUGUCCAACGUAACCGCGCCGUCGCCGCCGCCGUGCCGGUACGCGCCGGGCUUGGGAGUGCAGGCUGGAGUGACCAUAUCGUACACCGUGGGUAUAUUCGGCAACCUGUUGGCCCUGCUCAUACUGCACCGGACCAGGUCCAGCAGCAAUCAAAAGCACGGGUUCAUGUUGCGGUGUCUGGCCACUAACGAUUGCAUCGCACUUACCGGCAUGCUGGUGCAGAUGUACGUGUCGCUGUUCUGGCCGGACACCACCAAGAGCGUGUGGUCGUGCCGAUUCCGGGUGCUGUGGCGUUUCUUCGGACUCGGUUCCGGGUGCGUGGCCAUCAUAAUGGCCGUCGAACGCUGGCUGGCUCUCACCAAACCGUUCUUUUACCAAAAACACAUCAGUCUUCGUUUGCUGAAGAGGAUGAUGAUAUUGCUGUGGUUAGGAGUUCUGUGUUUGGUUUGUGCACCGUUUUUCGGGUUUGGUCUUUAUUGGGACGAAGAAACUGCAACAUGCGUUCGUUAUCGGAAGGCCAAAAAGCCGUUAGACGUGCUUUAUGCAUACAUGUAUUUCAGUUAUGGUGUGUUUUUGUGUUUCGCAAUUGCUUACACGAAUUUGGCGGUGAUGAAAGCUUUGUGUAUGAAAGACAAUACGCACAACAAACAAAAUGUGUUGAUGAGACGAGUUAGUCGAGGGUCAUCUCUAACGUGCAAUGCGGCCACAAGGGAAGAAAGAGCUUUCGGUUGGCUUAUGUUUUUGCUGUGCAUCGCGUUCGUCAUAUGCUGGAUUCCACAAAUGAUUUCGAUACCGUUGUCAAGGUUCGCUUCGGACGAAAAAGCGAAACCGUUUUACAUUGCGGCCGACCUGCUGAUCGCUUUGCAUUUUGCGCUCGAUCCAUAUCUGUACGUACUUCAGCACUGGACGUUGAUCAAGUCGAUUUUUCCACGUCGCAAGAAAAAAACCAACGCUACCGGCAGUACAAGCGUAAGCCGCAGUAGCUCCAUGAGAACCACUGUUGUGCCUGACAUUUGACGUACUUGACGGUGUUGUUUAGCGACCGGUGGACAGACGGAGAAAUGAAAAUUGGUGUACAGUAACUAUUAUAUUAAUAUUAUUAUACCUAACAUAAGUGAAGACAAAAAAAAAAAAUUUCAAAUUGCGGUAUAUUGUAACUAAUAAAAUGUUAAAUUACACGUUUAUACAGAGAAAAAGUACCUGCGUAUUAUAAUUAAGUACAUUUAAAUAGGUUAUUUAGGCAAAUGUGUAUGUAAAAAGUGCGCGGUAUCGGUACUUUUAAAUUAAAUCAUAAAACAACAAUUUUGUUAUAUAUUAUAAAAAGCUAUAAUUUGUUUAUUUUACCAAAAAAUCGUUUUAUUAAAAAAAGAAAACUAAAAAAUUAUAAUUAAAAAAAAAUUAAUUUGUUUCAAAUCUAAAAAAACACAAAAUAAGUUUUAAAUAUAAUGUAUGUUUAAAUUUUUUUUUGUAUUGGUUGUAUACACCAUUACUAAUAUGCUGUGAUAUUAAUAAUAUGCCUGCAGUUUAAUUUUGAGAUAAAAAUAAAUAACAUAGGUAAUAAAAUAGAUGUUUAGCGUUGAGGUAGUGUUUGUCAAUCAGUUUAUUGUUUUAUUCUUUUGGAAACUUAACAGUGUUUGAUGAUGCAGUAUAUCAUCAAUAUAGGUAGUACCUAUAUAUUAAUAUGUAAAAUUAUACAGUGUAAAUUUUAUCACUAAUCGAAAAAAACAACCAUACAAGUAUUUAUGUGUAAUUUGACGGAAGUACGUUUUCAAAAUGAUUCUUGGUCAGUAUAUUUGGUUAGUUGUACAGUUAUGAUAGUUUAUUUAUUAUUGUGUUUAUGUUCAACCAUACUUUUAUACCUAUUUCAUAAUAUGCUGCUCAAUACUUCUCAAAAUGUUUUUGCAUGUGCUUUAUAAUAUAUUAGUGUUAUUUAACGUUUGUACCGAUUAUUCCAUUUCAAUUAUAAUUUAAUGUUAAGUUAUUCCAUCUAAGAAAACUUAUAAGUGUAAAUCAAUGCACCUAUUUGUCUAUUGUUUUUAUCUACACGUUUUAUACGUGAACGACUAUUAUAUUUUAUUGAUUUGAAAAAAAUGUUGUUCAUAAUUAUAAUUGUAAUAGACUCGUUUACACGACUAAUUUAUACUUUAUUAUAGUUUAAUAUUUAAGGAGAAAUAGAAUUGAGUUAAAAAACGUAAUUAAAUUAUUUAUUUUUAUUUACAUUAUAUUAUUUUUUAUAAUUUCUUCUUUUUUUAAAUAAAAAACAUCUAUUUAUCCCAACCGAAAUAUUUAUAAAAUAUUACAUUGACUGAUUGUUUCAACGUUUUGUGUUGGUAUUCGACUAAUGGGACAAUAAAACAAAGUUUUUCUGUUUUGAUUGUCCAUGUGUCAUCAAUGAACAGACAACAUUGUACCUAUUAACAAUAAAUUAAAUAGGUACGUUAAGUUGUUAAAUGAAAUGAGGAGUGUAUAAAAGAACAUUUUUAUAAAUUAUAUAAAUAUAUUAUA